UCUGUCAAGGAAUAGUUUAACUAAAAAGCCGAAGAGAUGCAUAACGCUCUGCUACUUGCCUUGGUUGGAUUUCUGCUAGGAGCUGCAAAUGCCCAAUGGCCGGUAAGAGAGACCAAUCAGAUAAGCGUACAGGUGCAAAACGUUAAGCAGAUAAAUGCGAAGCUGCAAGAAAAACUAAACGAGCUGCAAAUUAAGGUGGCUGAGAAUCGUUACAAGGACGAACUGAUUAAGUCCCUCAAAGAGACCAAUGAGGGUCUGACCAACAAGUGCAGCACUGCGUGCACAGGUGUGUCUGCCGUGCAAUUGAAGGGCAAGAUCAGCGAACUGAAGGUUAUCGUCGAGACGUACAAGCAAAUGCUAAACAAUAAUGAAACCUCACGGGUGAACGUUGCUCAGCAGCAGCUGAAGACAUGUCUCACCCAACUGGGCCAGAACAGUCCAGGCUCAGGUGCAUCCUCCACUCCGCAGCCAAUAGAGAAGCCACCGGCGGCGGCCACCAGCUGCUUACCCAUGGGCUAUAGAUCGGGCCUGCAAACAAUCCAACUGCCUGGCCUGGAGCCGAUCACUGUGCUCUGCGAUGGCAGCAUAGCAGGUCCUGGCUGGACGGUCAUCCAGCGCCGGUUCGAUGGCAGCGUGGACUUUUACCGAAGCUGGCAGGAGUAUAUCGUGGGCUUUGGCCAAAAAAACUCAGAAUUCUUUAUCGGCCUGGAGAAUCUGUACCGCAUGAUUAGCUAUCAGCCGCAUGAGCUGUACAUACACAUGGAGGACUUCAAUGGAAAGACCAGCUAUGCUCGCUAUAAUCAUUUCGAGAUUGGCAACGAAGUCGCCAAGUUCGAGUUAAGAAAGUUGGGCAGCAUGAGCGGCAGUGCCGAUGACAAGCUCUCCAAAAGUGUCCACAUGAAGUUCUCCACAUUCGAUCAGGAUAACGACAAUGCCGCGGAUCAGAAUAAUGCCGCCUAUUACCAUGGCGCCUGGUGGUAUACCAAGGAUCUGGCAGGCAGCAGCAAUCUGAAUGGAAAGUACUUCAACUAUGAAACCGAAAAUUAUCAGGGCAUGUACUGGAAUCGGGACAGAACUCUCAAAUCCGUUACCAUGCUAGUUCGUCCGAUCAAUUACACUUAAAAAUCAUUCAAUAAAUUGCUGAAUAUGUCAA